AAACUGUAAAGAAAACACCGAUGGACACCAAUGGACAAAGACCGGACGAAACGGGCAAUGGUCAUGCUUAUCCAGUUGUCCAAGCCCCUUCACGCCCAUUACACCCAAGGUUUUCUAGAGAUGUUUCAACACAAAUGACAACGUAUCGGGUGCCAUCAGACUAUCUAUCCACAACUAUUAAGAAAAUACCACCUGGCACCAAUGGACAAACGUCUGACGAAUUGGACAACGGUAAUACAUGUCCAGUUGUUCAAGCCCCUUUGCGCCGAAUACAUCCAAUGUUUUCUAGAAAUGCCUCAACUCAAAUGACAACGUAUUGUGUGACGUCACAUUUUCAGGAAAAGGUCAAAGAAGCUAAGACACAAACGUUUAUAUUUCAGUACAUCAAAAGUAAGAAGUAUAAAACUGCGGUCAUUGUUGCAGAUUUCCCACCAAUCCAACCUGUGGAUGAUGACGAUAUUGAGGUAGCAGCUGGAGGUAUCCCGAGGCUAAGUGAGGAGGUACAGAGGCAUUCUGUACCACCACUGGAGGUCGAACAACGACAGCCAACCCCGCCCCCAGAGUUUGAACAAGUUGUUCCUUGUUCAGAUUUUGAUAGUGGACCAGAGAUGAGAACCACUCCUCCACUUCCAGGAGCUAGACAGCAUCGAAUUAGACCCGGAAAUGACGCUUUGGUACGUGUGGGCGGUGGUUGGAUGGAACAAAAUUACCAUCAACAGAAACAUUGCACCAGCAACCGAAAGUGUAAACCUACGGCAGACAGAUAUCCCGUCAUCCCCUCUCUGUUUCAUCCAAGUUGUAAAAUGAGAAAAGUGAAUAAAUCACAUUAUGCUUCUGUAACAGUUAUGAAUAACAACCGUUUUACUGAAUUUUCAUGUACGAGGCGGUUCCUGGACAAAAUUAGAAAGUAA